UUGCGCACUGACAUUUACCCUAGCAGUCGACGCAAGUGACAAACAAUAUAUAAUUUUCAUUGAAAUAAUAUACUAAAAGGAAAUGGUGCAUAAUAAAUCAGACUGACAUGGGAUGUGGCGGGAGUACAGAUAGCCCAAAGGCUGAGCAUGGGAAUCGAAAAACUUCAAUCUUUGCAAAACCUGUGGUCAAUUUGGAAAUAGGAGAAAAUGUUAAGCUGAAGGAUUCAAAUCCAAGAUUAAUAUUUGUGUUCGGUGGGCCUGGUUCCAAAAAGGGAAAAAUGGUUUACAACAUAGCUCAAGUGUUUGGCUUCAAUACUCUUAAUGUUGAAAAUAUAAUAUUGGAAGAACUGGCAAAGAAGAUAGAAGAACCUGACCCCUCUCGUCUUACAGCACAAGUUCAACAACUCAUCAAAGCACAACCAGAACUACUCAGACUAGACGUUGUAUUGAAGUGGGUUGCCAAGGCUUUGAGUGACAUGGAAAAGGACAAGCCCGUAUUGGUGGAUUGGAUGCCCAAUUUGAAAUAUAUGCAGAUGGUUUCUACAUUCGUUAAAGAUUGUAAUCAUGAAUUUCGAUUUUUUGAGGACAAGUAUCCUGUAUCAUUUGCCUUCUACAUGUUAAUAUCCCAAGAAAAGUUUGUAAAGAAAGCUGUGGCUGAAUGUGCAAAACACCCGACAGCAACCCCAAAAGGAAAGGAAGGAGCUGCUCAGACAGAUGAAGCUGAUGUUACUAGAACUUCUAAAAGAGCAACAUUAUUUACAAACGCAGUCAAACCAUUUAUUGACCUGUUUACCAAAACUGGCAGACUAGCAACAUUAGAUAUGAGUACUGGAAACGCAGAUGAUUUAUGGGAAAAAGUAGUGGAGUUCUUCUCUGAAUUGAAUAUAAGUUUUACUAGAAAAAUUGACAAUGUCAUCUUAUUCACAUUUACUGAAGAUGACUGUGUAAAGCUUGAGAUAGAUAGAUAUAACAUAGAUAGAAUUUGUAUCAAAGAUUUACCCAUUGACCUUGGUCAGCCUGCAGAAAAGUUGAUAAAAGUAUUUGUUAAAUUAUUAGACACAACAGACCCUAUAAAGAAAGUAUACAAUAUUGAUUGCUCAGGUACCUGUAUACAAAAAGACACUUUAACUGAGGAGUAUAAGAAAAAGAUAGUAUUUCAGGACUUUGGUUCAUAUGAACUGACUAAGUUUGUACCGCUGAUUCAUCCUGGGAAAGUGAAGCCUACUCAUCUGAAGGCUAUAGCCUCUACAGAAAAUGAACUGUGUCUCUUCCCUGACGAUACACCCAUCAUUCUAUGUCAUUGGAUUGUCAGUGUGAUGAGAUCGGCAAGAGAUAUUUGAUAUUGUAUUUAAUGCUUCAGUUUUAUCUUUUAUAGAUAAUGGCAAUACUUGGUUAUUGGGACAGUUUUAUAUCAAAUAAUAUUUUUUUUGGACAUGCAAAUUUUUACUUGUAAGCUAUUUUUUUCUAAAGAAAUCCACAGAAUAGAAUUAAGAAGAAAAACUAGAAAUCUAGAAUUAGAAUUUAUAUUAUAUGACUUUUAAAUUAUGAAUUGGCAAUGUAGCAUUACUGUCAAAUGAAGAAAUAGUAGGCUAUAAAUAGAAUAAGCUAAAGUGUAUAUUAUAUUGAAUAAUAUAUUGUCUAUGCAGGUGUUUUUUUAUUACUUUCAAGAUUGUCAAUUUUUCAUUAACAAGCUUUAGUUAAAAUUAAAUUGUAUGCCUGGAAAAUUCUCUAGGUUAUGGAUAUGUUUCAUACCAUCACCUCAGUUAUUUAUUUUCAAAAAUCAAACAAGCUAUAUUGUUGUAUCAUUUUUGUAGGUUACAACACCCAGAUUAUAUUCCUACAUUUAGAAUUAAGGAAAAGAAUGUUAGAGACGGAUUGGUGUAAUAACUGAUGAACUAAUAGGGGCAUUGUACAUUUGUUAUUUUUUUUUGAUUUGUUGUAGAUUUAUAUAUCUUAUGACUCAUAAUCUUUUGAAUUUGAUAAAUUUUUGUCUGUUAACAAUGUGUGGUAUGAUUGUUCAUGGCUCUUCAAUGUUUAAAAACUCAGCAUGGUCUCUUCCUUAGUUUUGCAACUUUGAAUGAAAAAACAGUGACCAUGACAUGAGUGCAGAGUGGUUCUUCGAUUCUAUUUGAAAAGCUGUAUCAUAUUACUAACUUCCUAAUUUUAUUAGAAGUAAUGUUAUACUCUCACUGCACUUGAUCCGUAUGAAUGGCAGCCAGAUUUUUUGUUUUGUAGCUUGUAGUUUCUGUUGAUGGCCAGUAACGUUUGAAAAAGGAACAUGUUAGUGGUUUAAGGGGGCUCCUGGGUAUAAAUGAAUUUUUUUUUCUAAUAUAGGAUUUCGCUAUAUUUUUUCAUAAAUGAACAUUAUCAUAUACUUAAAAGAAAAAUGAAAUAAAAAAAUGGGGUCACCGUUCAUUUAAGCUAAAAUCUGCCUCAGGAAGAAGUAUACAUUUUUGUUAGUGUCCUUUUUUCUGUUGAACUAAUAGGAGAAAAAGAGGAAAUAUCGAAAUAAAAAAUUAACCUAAUAUAAGAAAUCGCUUAAUUUUACAAUUAUUUAGUUUAUGUACAGCUUAUUUGAAAACAAUAAUAAAAAAUAUAGGUCACCGAUGAGUUAAAAAGAUAUUUCAAAUUUAAGGCCAAAAAAUUGCAUUUUGGUACCAAAGGGAGAUAAUUUGGAGCUUUUUCAAUUUUUAAAGUCAUCUGGGGCCAAACCAAAUUAUUUUUUUGGGGUUGUUUUUUGUACCAUUUCAUAGAGUAACAACUAAUAGUGUAAUAAAUAAAAUUUGUAAUGAAAAAAUAAAGGUUUAAUUUUUUGCUAAAAUUUUUGUACCCACGAGCCACCUUAAGUUUAUUUUAUAUCCCUGUCACAUUUAAUAGUAUAAGAGGAAACCAGAUAUGAUAUUCUUCAUUAUUUUAUUUGUUUUGUUCUUACUGAUUUUGUAAUCAGUAAUUGAUAUAUAUUAUGCUUGUUUUGGACAAAUUAUUAUACAUUUAUUUGAGGCUUUGGUAUAUUUUUUCAUUCAUUCUCAUUGUUGAAGAAUAUUUAGUUGACUAAUAUGUUAUAUUUUUAUGCCCCACCUACGAUAGUAGAGGGGCAUUAUGUUUUCUGGUCUGUGCCUCUGUUCGUUCUUUCGUCUGUGCCUCCGUCUGUGCGUUUUGUUCGUCCCAUUUCAGGUUAAAGUUUUUGGUCAAGGUAGUUUUUGAUGAAGCUGAAGUCCAAUCAACUUGAAACUUAAUACACUUGUUGCUUAUGAUAUGAUCUUUCUAAUUUUAUAGCCAAAUUAGACUUUUGAUCCCAAUUUCACGGUCCACUGAACAUAGAAAAUGAAAAUGGGAAUUUCAGGUUAAAGUUUUUGGUCAAGGUAGUUUUUGAUGAAGCUGAAGUCCAAUCAACUUGAAACUUAAUACACUUGUUGCUUAUGAUAUGAUCUUUCUAAUUUUAAAGCCAAAUUAGACUUUUGACCCCAAUUUUACGGUCCACUGAACAUAGAAAAUGAAAGUGGGAAUUUCAGGUUAAAGUUUUUGGUCAAGGUAGUUUUUGAUGAAGCUGAAGUCCAAUCAACUUGAAACUUAAUACACUUGUUGCUUAUGAUGUGAUCUUUUUAAUUUUAAAGCCAAAUGAGACUUUUGACCCCAAUUUCACGGCCCACUGAACAUAGAAAAUGAAAGUGGGAAUGUCAGGUUAAAGUUUUUGGUCAAGGUAGUUUUUGAUAAAAUUGAAGUCCAAUCAACUUGAAACUUAGUACACAUGUUCCCUAUGAUAUAACCUUUCAUAUUUUAAUGCCAAAUUAGAUUAUUACCCAAUUUCACGGUCCAUGGAACAUGGAAAAGGAUAGUGCAAGUGGGGCAUCCGUGUACUUUGGACACAUUCUUGUUUGCUCUGUGUACAUGGGGUAUUUUAAUGGUCUCAUCUACCCAAAACUAUUCAAAUUUUCACACUCAUGAGGUCAACAACGAGGUGAACAUGAUUAAACACAUUGUUGAGAAAAGGCAUUAAUCUUUUUCCACCUGUGCUAAAAUUGUCAGAGAAACAAUUGAAGUAAACUUCAUUACAUUAUAUAGAAUACACCAUUUAUUUAAUUUUCAAGUAUUUGAAUUUGAUUUUGUUUUCAUUAGAAAAGUUGCAUGGAUCAUGGUGCUUAAAUGAUUUUUUUCGUCAACCCAUUUUAACUUUUUAUUUCUGAUUAUAUGUGACAUUUCUUAAAAUGUGUUUCUCAUGACAGAAAGAUAUUUUACCAGAAUUUAAUUACUUUUAUCUUAUAUGCAUUAGUUGUUGUUGUUGACAUCUCAGUCAUUAGGCCUCUGAUGGAUUAUUAUCUCCUUAUUUUCAUAUUUAAAUUUAAUUUUACAUUUUAAAGGCAUUAUUUUUUUGUACUCUAUAUUGUGUUCAAAGAUUUCAAAUCAGCAUGUAUUCAAACUCUCCAACCUCUAUAAAAUGAUUUAACAAAUUGUUAUUAAUGUAUAUUAUAUCAAUGUGCUUUUCUGUAGGACUUCAAAGGUCUCUUAAAUCAAAAACAGAAGUUGCCAUUUUUAUGCCCCACCUAUGAUAGUAGAGGGGCAUUAUGUUUUUCUGGUCUGUGCCUCCGUUCGUCUGUCUGUGCGUCCGUUUGUCCUGCUCAGGUUAAAGUUUUUAGUCAAGGUAGUUUUUGAUGAAGUUGAAGUUUAAUCAACUUGAAACUUACUGCACAUGUUCCCUAUGAUAUGAUCUUUCUAAUUUUAAUGCCAAAUUAUAGUUUUGACCCCAAUUUCAUGGUCCAGUGAACAUAUAAAUUGAUAGUGCGAAGCUCAGGUUAAAGCUUUUGGUCAAGGUAGUUUUUGAUGAAGUUAAAGUCCAAUCAACUUGAAACUUAGUAUACAUGUUCCCCAUGAUAUGAUCUUUCUAAAUUUAAUUUCAAAUUAAAGUAUUGACCCCAAUUUCACGGUCCACUGAACAUGGAAAGUUAUAGUGCGAGUGGGGCAUCCGUGUACUAUGGACACAUUCUUGUUUCAGAUUUGGAUUAGUUUGCACCCAUUGCACAUUUACUGAAUUAGUGGAAAAAAAGUUUUUAAAACAUUUUGGUAGACAAAUGUGUUUCUUCCAAUUUAUGCAUAAAUAUAAAAAAAAAUCUUCUCAAAGCAAAGCAGAUUUUGUAAGGAAGGGUUAUAUAAUGCUAACAGUACAUUAUGUUUUAACAUACUAUUAGCUGUUAACAAUAUUUUAUAUUCAGUAGCACUACAUUGUUUUUAUUAGUUUAAUCAUAUUUUCAGAUUUAUACUUUAGACUUGUUUUUUUGCAAUAUUUAAUGAUAUUCUUUACUGUGGCCUUAUUGGUUCCUUUUUAUGUUAUUUUUAUUAUUUGUUAUCCAUUAUUUUUCUGUAGUUUCUAGUCACUGGCAUUUAAUUUUGCACUCAUUCCAUCCGUCCAGUGUAUUUUAGAAAAAUAUGUUUAAAAGUAUUGUUUUGCUAACAAAAACUUGUAAUACCAAUCUUCACUAAUUGAGCAGAGCUUGUAAACCUUUUAGAGCACCAGAGUAAUGACCCAUAUUGUUUUGAGUUGAUCAAUUGGUUGUUUGACUCGUUUCUUCGCUAUAUAGUUUCAAUUGAUCAAGGUUAAGAUUAUAAAGAGCAUUAUGAAGGGCUAUCUGUCAGAUAACCUCUCUGUAAUGUCAAAUAUGCCAUAAGGGCUUUGUAAACUUUUAUUCGUUGGGUAUCCAUUUUUGUGGUUUUCAUGGAUGACUUUAUCCACGAAAAUAAGUGUCCAACGAAAUAAAACAACCAUUGUACACAUCAAGACAUGGAAAUUAAGAUCCCCAUUGGUAGGUUUGACUAAUGAUAUGAUCUAGAGAAUAUAUUGAAUAACGCCAAAUCUGAUAAUACUUUAAUAGCAGUCACAUAACUACAACCGCAUGCAGGAUUAUACCAAUUUAAUCUUAAAUAACCUAAACUGUACUACUUUUGGUGUUUUAUUCUCUUAAAAAAUACUUUUGAUUGAUGAAAGUCAGAUUUCCAGUAUUGAUAUGCUAGUAUGAUAAAGUGUUCAUUUUACAUCCUCAUAGUUCUUGUACAUAUGGGAAAUUAUAAUUUCAUGCUGGGCUUGAUUUUGAUAAGAAUUAUUUGACAAAUCAAGGUACGUUUAUAGCAUUUGCUUAUGUUACUGUUUCCUUUAGGUGACAUGUGUAUUGCCUAAUUAACACCUUUGAAUGGCUUUGACCUGUUGAUCACUUUAUUAUGGGUUAAUUAGUGUUAUAACUACCAUUUACACUGGUCAUUGUUUACUUUGAAAUUUCCUCAAUCCAGACUAUUUGUAACCUUUGUUUCUAAAGGCUUUCAUUUGUCUUUUUUUUUUAGACAACUUAAAUCCACGAAAUUAAAAACCCAUGAACAUGUUAAUAUUGCUCAAAUCACGAAAAUUGAUACCCAAGAAUUAGAGUACUUUCACAGUAUUACCAACUCUUUCAAAGAAAACUAAUCUGUAUCACAACUUAAAUUGUUUUUAAUUUUAGUUCUCUGUAUUGAUUUAAAUGAAAAAAACCUUAAAAAAAAAACCGAACAAUUAUGUAGUUAAAAAAAUUAUGACUCCAGCUCCACAACUUUUCAAUACAGGAAAACAGCAAAGGAAAGGUCUAACCUGGUCUUUUGUUUUGUUUUUAAACAUAUAGAUCUGUACAUUGAUGUUACUCAAUUUAAAAUUAUAGGAAGAUUUGUAUUUUUACAGGAAAUAUUUAUUUACCAUUUUGGGACCAAUCAUCUUAUUCCUUUAUGCAUCUUAAUUGUUGCAAUUUCAUCUUUUCAUUGCAAAAUAUUCAUGUUUAAAUGUAAUGCUCAGCUGUUCCAUAAAUAAAGGCAUGACACCUUUUCAAUUAAAUGACCGGAAUGCCAAUAUAUAGUAAUCAGCUUGUCUGUCUGUCUUCUGUUGUAUAAAUCAUUUGGAGUUUGGAGCAUUGCUGCUAAAUUAUUAUAAAUCUCUAACCUGAUUUACAGUUCUUUUUGCAGUCAUUUUUUUUUUGGAUGUUCACAUUUUACCUGUAAUACAUAAAUCUUAUAACUGUAUCACUAUUAGAGAAAAUGUGAAAAAAAAUUAAUCCAAUGACUGCAAUAAAAUGUUUGGAUGGAUUCUAUGAAUUAUAUGAACAAUUUUAAAGUAACAUUGGCACUUGUGCAAAGUUGUAUUCUUGUUUUUAUUUAUUUUUUCAGAUUAUUAGAUUUUUUAUUGUAUGAAGAUAUUACCAUAGAAUAUAUUUUUAUUUUGUACAUAAAGUAUUCUCCAUUCUGAAAUAGAAUGUUUUAAAAUUGAAGAUCUUGUUUAUCUUAAAUGCAUAGAUAGGUUUUAAGUUAAAAAAAAUCAUAGAUAGUACGUUUAUAGAACUCUCACUUGUUUGGUUGCUUUUUUUUUGCAAAAGUUAUAAUGAAGUUAUAAUGUGUUUAUGUAAGUUAUGUAGCUUUAACAUUCCAAAUAAUAAGAUAUUCUUCUUUCCAAUUUGUUUAAGAAGAAUCGACUAUAAAUAGCUUUAUAAUUAAAUUGUGCCUGGUGUUUUUAACACAAUAUCUUAAGUCAUACUUUUCUACAUUUUCAGCCUCUAAAGUUCAUGAUUGCUGCAGUUUAAUGUUAAAAGUUUGCAUUUUGUUGUGUUAACAAACUAAAUCAUGAUUGACUCUUAAAGUGAAGGACAUUUCAUUAAAAUAAUUUAGUUUGUUAUGAUAAAGAUAAAUGACUUACUGCAUUUUUGGUCUGCAUUAUAAUUGUGAACAGACAGACCAGCUUAUUUCUCAUGAUGUAAGGAUUUAAAAUUAGGAAUAUUUAACAGCGAAUUUGAUCGGCUUGAACACUGAAGCUAUCCAUGCAAUUAAAAAUCAAAUGUGUUGUAUUAUUUGCAUUGAGAAAUGUUGUUCUUUAUACAUGUACCAACUUUGGUAUAUUUUAUAAUACAGUUUCAAGGUUUUGUAUUGUUUUAAUACUCAAAAGUUCCAGAAAUAAUCCUAUUACAAUGCAUAAUAUUUAUGUAAUGUGCCCAUUGAAUCUGACCAACUCAUUAGAAACUGUAUCUUAUUUAUUGUUAUUUUUACAGUAGUUGUUAUACAAUUUAAAUAAAUCUGAAAAAAAAUA